AUGAAGGAUCCGGAGGACUUAAAGCUUUUGCUUGGAAGAUCAUUCCUAGCCACAGCUGGAGCGAUCAUGGAUUGGCCUAAUAGAAGAAUCUCUCUAGCCAAUGUUGACAAGGACACCUUCUACGAUGCUGCACCUCCCGGUUUCUCAUCCAAGCGAUUUCGCUACACAAGUGGAGGAGAGUGCUCACAAGUAAGAGGAGAGUCGCAUGGCUACUUGAUCAAGGAAGUUCUACAGGACAAGAUGCACUUGGAAUCAUCAGGCAACAGGAAGUUCUUGGAGCCACCAAUCCUACCUAACUAA